AUGACGACCCAGCCCACACAGUCGCUUAAGUGCGUAGUCACUGGCGACGGUGCCGUCGGAAAGACAUGUUUGCUCAUCUCAUACACCACAAAUGCCUUCCCAGGCGAAUACAUACCGACAGUCUUCGACAAUUACUCGGCGAGCGUGAUGGUGGACAACAAGCCGAUAAGUCUUGGGCUCUGGGAUACGGCGGGGCAGGAAGACUACGACCGACUUCGACCGCUGUCAUACCCGCAAACAGACGUCUUCCUGAUCUGCUUCUCAAUCGUGAGCCCUUCGUCAUUCGACAACGUCAAGGCGAAGUGGUAUCCUGAGAUCGACCAUCACGCGCCUGGGGUCCCGAUUAUUCUGGUCGGCACCAAGCUGGACCUGAGAGACGAUCCAGAGGUGAGGGAACAGCUGCGGCAAAGGAAGAUGGGCCCGAUCCAGUAUGAGCAGGCAGUACAAGUGGCGAAAGACAUCAAGGCGGUGAAAUACCUCGAGUGCUCAGCGCUCACGCAGCGGAAUUUGAAGAGCGUGUUCGAUGAGGCCAUUAAAGCCGUGAUCAGCCCAAAGCCACAGCAAAAGCCCAAGAAGUCGAAGUGCACAAUCCUCUGA